AUGACAGAGGGUAUUGAGUGGCCGCCGCAGCUACUGCUUGUGUUGCGGCGCCAUCUGGAGCAGGUGGAGCAUCCCGAGCAUCCACGCACACCGCCACUUGCCACAGGCGCGGCUCAGCGCAGUGUUCUUACUUUUCUUGCAGACGCACGGGAGCAGGUGCGGCAGCGUUGCAACACCAGUGAGUCCGUUUUGGAAUGCUGCCAGUCACUUGUGCUGGACACUAUUGAAGAGUGCUGCGCCUCGUCUUUUCUCUCUGCCCGGGAGCGGCGUGUUAUAAAUCUCGCGGCCGCGCAGCGUGAGAGACGGUCGGAUGGGCGGCCGGGGCCAAAACGUCGUCGCAGCGAUACGGAAGAAGCAGCAGCGGCGAAAGCAGCAACUGCAACACCCGCAUGCUCACACAAAUGUGCAGCAGUACUUCCUGUUGAGUACCUUCUUCGCUUCUUCAUUGCACUGCCGUCGAUAUUGGUGCACUAUGACAAACUUGGCGGUUGCGCCAUGCCAGCAGCGUACAAGCAGCCACUAUGGGAUUAUGUGAAUGCUGUCUUAGACAUUAUGAAGGAAAUUACCUUCGUAGACACAAUGUCCUACGUUGUUCUUAAGUAA